CGUAUUGAAAUCUUAGCUGCAUUGAUCAUCCAAAUCUGAGUGAAUAAUGGGAGACGAAGCAAGCCACGAACAUCGUGAUCAGGGUUCAUUAGCAGCUCCUUUCGUUUUCUUGGUGGUUGCUUCUGUGCAGUUUUCAUACUUUUGUCUUGAUUACUUGAAGAAGAAGGGAUCUGUUAAUGAUAAGCAAAAUCAGCUUCGUGCGGAAAUAAAAGGCCUUUUGAAAGAGGCAAAAUUAUUGUCACAGCCAGCAACCUUUGCACAAGCUGCAAAACUUAAAAGAUUGGCAGCUACCAAGGAGAAGGAACUUGCAAAAUUUCAAAAUAUGCAUCACAGGGAUUAUGCUUUGUAUACAAAACUGAUGCUUGUCACAAAGUAUGUAACAUAUGCACUGCUGCUCUUUUGGUUCUGGCAUGUUCCUGUGGCUAGCAUUUCUAUGCAACUUGUGCAACCAUUUGGAAGACUUUUAUCUUGGAACACUUCAAGAGUUCAAGAAAACCAUGCUACGAUUGGGAUAAUAUCAUGGUUAGUAGUAUCUGCCAGGUUUUGCAGAUUUGUCCGUAAAGCUUAUAGCUAAUAGCAGGUAGUGUCAUGAUUUUUCCUCAAAACAAUAUCAAAUGCAGAAAGUUGCUUGGACUGCAAUCUUGGAUCUUAAAAUGUAACCAACAUCACCUUAAGCUUUGUACCAUCAUGAUUUUGUUUUUUAAUUCUUAAAAGUUAAAACCUUGGCUGGUUGAUCAGUCUUGCUACUUGUAAUACUUCAUUUAUUUUUGCCAUUGAUUUUUACUUUUUUAUUUAUUUAUUUUUUAAUAAGCCCAGGCUAAAUACCUUCUUGAGAAUCCACUUUGAAUGUGGAU